GCUUUUUAUUGACCAUAUACACGUACAAAACUGAGGUUUCCUUUUAAUCUGGAAUCGUUUUGACGACAAUUGUUUACGUACUGCUGACAGCGGUAUGGUAAACGAGUGAAUUCAACAUCAAACGAAAACAGCUUUUUCCGGAUUCACAAAGCAGAUUUCAAUGUAUAUUACUCUUGACUUUCUUCCCUUUGGUUGUCGUUCAUUUUGCGAUUAUAUUCACUUGAGUGUUUUUACCUAGUUUGUCUUAACGAUAUCUGUGCCUCAAUAGUUCAACCAAAGUAUGGCUCUUACGGCUCAUCAUAAGUACGCUAUUAUUUACUUAUUCCUGAUCAUUGGACUGCUAGUACUGUUUGGGCUUCUCUUCUUAGUGGAACGUGGCCGAAUUUGCUACAAAUCGUGGCAUACUAAGAAACAUGUGGAAAAAAGUGCCAAGGAGCAGAAUUUAAUUGAGAAAAUUUAUCUUUGUGUUCGAAGCUAUUAUUAUUAUACGGUGAGACAGAAGUGGCUGCGUACCUUUAUAGUUAUAUCAGUCAUUUGCGUCGUAAGUAUUCCCUUUAUCGGGGAAGAGACUCCUAAAGUAGGUUCGAAAACAAAGAAGAAUUGGAAUAGAAAUUCUGUUUGCUCUCGUUUUGCCUAUCUAGCCUGUGUGUUAUAUACCGUAACAUACAUCUUUAGCCUAAAAAACAAUCCUUUUGCUUUAAUGUUUCUGACUUCCCACGAAAAGUUGAACUACAUUCAUCGUCGCGUAUCCAUAUUUGCAUUGCUAUUUGGACUUAUUCAUGGAAUAGGAAAUAUAGGAAUUGCUGUUGCCGAUAAUGCUCGAGACAGCCUGGCGGGCGGAAUGUACCCAACAGGAUACGCAAUUCUAACCUUCACAGUCGUUUUUGGGGUAAGCAGUAUUUCUUACAUUCGGAAGUAUUGUUACGAAUGGUUCUUUAUUUUGCACCAUCUUUGCAGUAUAGGGCUUUUAUGCACGAUUUGGCUUCAUAGUGAAAAUGCCGCCAUCUAUAUGAAGGUUUGCGUCUCCGUAUAUGCAUUCGAUCGUGGUUUGCGUAUCCUUCGAAGUUGUUUGAAUUUUUCCACGUUUCGAAUUUUCCUUUUAGAUGAUGAUUUGAUUUAUAUGCGUGGACGCAAACCAAGAUCUUUAUUUUUUUUCUUGCCCUGGGCAGCUGGAAAUCAUAUCUACUUGAACAUUCCAACUCUUAGUUACUGGCAGUUACAUCCCUUUACCAUGCUGAGUUCGCCUGGUGAUGAUUACGUUGAAAUGAUGGUUGUAGUACGGACGGGUUUCACGAAGCGUCUUGCUGAUCGUGUCUAUAAACGAGGGUCAAUUAAACAGCUUUCUCUUUCGAAGGAGGAGGAGGAGGAAGAAAAGAAACUUGAUUUAAGUGGAUCUUCCGAUAAAAGCCAGCUUUCUGAAGAACGCUCCUCUUCCUGGUCCUGGUGCCCUGUUUCCAUGGAAAUGCCCAGUCACCAAAUGACAGUGUUACUAGAUGGACCCUACGGCCCUACGACAAACCUAUAUAAAGAUUAUUCCAAUGUACUAUUUCUGUCGAGUGGUGUAGGUAUAACUUAUACUUUACCGAUUUUAAAAGAUAUUGCUCGAUGCAAGUCGUCGGCGCUAAAAGUGAAAAGAAUCACAUUUGUCUGGAGCUGCAGAUCAAAACCGCUUCUAGUGGCCAUAUUUAACUUUUUAAAAGAACUCGUCAAGAACGAGACCCAAAUUCAACUAGAUAUUACGUGUCAUUAUACCAAUAGUUACUCGUAUAAGGAGAUUCCCGAUAUUCAAUGCGUCUCGGGUAAAAAUGUUUUUCUUCAAGUGCUGGACGAUCGUCCUCAUUUCGUUCACUAUCUAAGACCAUUUCUAGAAAGAGCGCAAGGACAGACUGCUGCCAUUGCGACGUGUGGUUCAGAGGGCUUCUUGAAACACGUGAAAAGUGAUAUAGGAUCUUGCACGACAAUUCUCGAUGAUUUGUUUCAGCACUAUGAGGAAAUCUAAAAUUGGUUUUGAAAACGAUAACGUGAUGCUCUCUUUCCUUAUCGAGUUUACCCCCCUCCUUGCUAUUUAAGCAUUUUAUUUAUGGCUUAUUAUUGUUUGCAACGUUUUGUUGGUGAACGCUGUAUGUAUUUUUUUAAAAUGUUUUUACAAACGUCCCAUUUAAUAAUGGAAAGGUUAUUUAUGAACCAACACCUUCCGUCCCCUCUCAGUUUGACAGAAUUUAUAGAACAAUACCUAAUGAGCAAUAAAAAAGCUUUUACGUCUGAAACAUACUGAUACGCUCGCCGAGCAAAAACGAUAAACUCGAA